UUUUCCUCUUAGGAGAUGCCGACCUUCUGAAUCAAUUGAGUUCAGAGAUUGAUUAGGGUUUUAUGUUAUGACUUGAUUACUAUGAGAUCUAUUAGAGUUGCAUUUCAUCUCAAUUGGAUGAAAGUUUCCAAACCCAAAAAAUCAUUAAGCGAUCAUAAUAUCAUCACGAACCACAAAAAUGCAUCUGGAGGAGAUUUCAAGAAGAACUGGUGUUGCUGGUGCUGUUGCUGUUGCUGCAGUGGGAGAAUCCAACACCAUAAAAACAAGAAAUCAAUCACAACACCGGCUCAAAUGUGGAAUAAUCGUUCGUUCAUAUGUGGUUUGAUGUUAUUCACUCUUGGUCUUAUAUCUCUUUUCACUGGCCAUGUUGCAUCUCAUCUGGACUACUAUUCUAACCGCUUCAUCAAGAUCUGGAAAUGAAUGUUGCAGGAUAAAAUCCGGUAUAGUGCACCGGUUGAUAUAUGGAAAUCGCAAUCUUCGAAGUAUUAUUACGGAUGUAGUAAUAGAGGGUUGAAUUUUGCUCGUGCUGUAACUGAGGGUGAGUCUAAUGGUUACUUGCUUAUUGCAACUAGUGGAGGUCUGAACCAACAAAGGACGGGGAUAACUGACGCGGUUGUCGUUGCCCGGAUUCUUAAUGCGACAUUGGUUGUGCCUCAGCUGGAUCAUCAUUCGUUCUGGAAAGAUGACAGUGAUUUUGAGGAAGUGUUUGAUGUCGACUGGUUUAUAUCUAAUUUGUCGAAGGAUGUCACCACUGUGAAGAGGAUACCUGACAAAGUUAUGAGAUCAAUGGAUAAACCUCCGUACACGAUGCGUGUUCCCAGGAAAUCUGCUCCUGAAUAUUACCUGGAUCAAGUUCUGCCAAUAUUGCUGAGGAGACGUGCGCUGCAGUUGACGAAGUUUGAUUACAGGCUUUCUGGCAGUAUUGAUGAAGAGCUGCAGAAGUUGCGUUGCCGGGUGAAUUAUAAUGCAUUGAGGUUCACAAAACCUAUUGAAGAACUUGGUAUGAAAGUGGUGAAAAAAAUGAAAAAUAUGGCUCAUCGUUUUAUUGCAGUGCAUUUGAGGUUUGAACCUGACAUGCUAGCUUUUUCUGGUUGUUAUUACGGAGGAGGUGACAAGGAGAGAAAUGAGCUGGGAGCAAUCAGGAAGCGUUGGGCGACACUACCUGAGUUGAGCCCUGAGGGAGAGCGGAAGCGGGGAAGAUGUCCUCUCACUCCUCAUGAAGUGGGUUUUAUGUUGAGAGCACUUGGUUUCAAAAAUGAUUCGUAUCUUUAUGUUGCGUCAGGAGAAAUAUAUGGUGGAGACGAGACUCUGCAACCUCUUCGAGAGCUGUUCCCAAAUUUUUAUACAAAGGAGAUGCUUGUAGGUGAAGAUUUGAAACCAUUUUUGCCUUACUCAUCUCGCCUAGCUGCCAUCGACUAUAUUGUCUGUGACAAGAGUGAUGUAUUUGCCACAAAUAAUAAUGGGAAUAUGGCCAAGAUACUUGCAGGUAGAAGAAGGUACAUGGGGCACAAGAGAACUAUCAGGCCGAAUGCAAAGAAACUUAGCUCCAUAUUCAUGGCCAGAGACGAGAUGGAUUGGGAUACAUUUGCCAGGAAAGUAAGAUCAAGCCAGAUAGGGUUUCUUGGGGAGCCUGAGGAGAUGAGACCAGGAAGGGGUGAGUUUCAUGAAUUCCCAUCAUCGUGUGUCUGCGAAAAAGAUAACAGCAAAAAUGAUCCUGUUCAAUCCAAUUAUCUCAAUACCUCACAAGAAUGGAGAGAAUGGAGGCGGCGGGGAUAAGAAAAUCCAAGAAAAAGAGUGCAAUUGAUAGAUGUAAUGGCAAAGGGAUUGGAGAAAAAAAACUAAGAAAUCUUCCCAGGGGCAUUUGCCCCAUAUGAAAAUCAGAAGAAAAAGUUGUAAAACAAUGCUUCAAUUGGUAUUAUUGUUGGUUUGUCACCAAUAAUCCUUACAAGAACAUGAUCCUUCUUUGAAACAAUGGAAUCUGUUAUUAUCUCUAA